GUACUGUUUAGGGAAAUACUAGUUAUUACAAUAAUUCGAGUACUUCCAGUUAUGAUGAACAUAUUCAGUAUUACGUCACAAUUUAUUCCAGGUUCAGUGAUUUCGCAAUGGCUGUAUAUGCUUCUCUUGUAUAUUUAGAACGUCACGGGUGAGAUGUUGAACUUUCAACACCUUGUCAUUCUACGAGCUUAACUUUGUGCUCCGUGUCAGUAGUUGUUUGAUGUGUUCUGUUAAUGAAUGUUCACGUGCUCAAAAAUAAUGAACGGCUUAAGGGAUAAUAUCAAAUGAUGAUCGAAAUAAGUCGGCAAUUUGAAAAAAUUACAUUUCAUAAUAGAUCAGAUUAGCUAGUGAAAUUUCGAACAUGUCAUUAAAUAUAUUCGCCGAAAGAGUUAUUCUCACUCAAACAUGGAGGAACCAGAAGUGACCGCAUCAAACUAUGAUUAACUCAGGAGUCCGAAAGUUUCAAUAGCUACUGAAUAACUUCAUAAAAUGUUUUAUUGUUUGACGGAACUAAAGUUUACUUAAUGAGAACGUCAAGACAGAAUGCACUUAAGAUAAUUACCACUUCAUUCAAGAGACAGGACUGGCGCAGUUAUGGGAGUUAAAAGACAUAUUGACGUUCGCCUUCACACAUUCUGCGACUUUGAAGUUACUAGACACUAAAGUUGUGCUGUAGGAUCAAUUUUUUAUGAGUCACAAAGAAAUUGAUUAUUAUUGUUUAACGAGUGGGUAUUAGAUAUCAAGGUUGUCGGUUAACCUUGGCGUGGCUUCCAACAAAGCCCAUAUUUAUGAACUAAUCAUCUCCAAGGCCAUAGCAAGAAGGUUCAAAAACCGCGAUUUCAGAAACUUACAGUAGGGUUCCAUUUUUGUCGUCAAGUAGUCAAUGACUGGGACGCCUUACUCGAACAAGUGGUAUCAGCACCAUCAGCGAACGUUUUCAAAGAGAAGCUGAACCUUCACUAAAAUACAAGCUGCAAGGGUUAACACAGGUCUGCCAACCUACUAUCUUGGUUAUUGAAGACUGAAUUGACUAAAUUCGUUCUACAAUCUGCUCGUAAAUAUUUGUCGACAUUUGUAUUAUAUUCUUCAGAAUCAGAUGGCCACCAUGUGGAGCCGAACCGAAAGACAUAAAUGGAUGUGCCUUCUGUUUAUUGGUGCAGUUGGCCUCUAUGCUUCUAGGGCAGUAAUGCCGAUUGCUUCCGUUGCUAUUGCCUCAGAAUUGAAUUGGAAUCGUAAGGAAAUGGGUUUCAUGAUGGGCAUCUUCUUUUGGGGCUACGCUGUUACACAGUACCUGGGUGGUUAUCUAAGUGAUGUGUUUGGUGGAGAAAUUGUAAUUGCAAUCAGUUCUGUUGGUUGGUCUAUACUAACCGUUUGCUUUAUAUGGCUCCCAAGUAUCAACCUGGGCUCAAAUGAUAUAUAUGGGCUUUUCAUAAUUACUCGCUUUUUACUAGGGAUAUUUCAAGGAUUUUACUAUCCGAGUUUAGCAAGUUUAAUGGCCAAUCGUGUUCAAGUAUCCAAUCGAAAUAUCACUUUUGCUGUGAUAACUGCUGGUACACAUUUGGGAAUUCUCAGCACGAGGUAUUUCGGCAAGUUUCUUUUACAAAAAGAAAAAACAACAAAAAAGGAAAAGACGAAAAAAUAUCAGAAUCUGUACAACUUUUCAAACUAGAGACAUGUUUAAGAAUUCAGGUUAUUGACUAGAUAAACUCUAACAACCCAUUCGUCACAAAGUAUAUUUGCUAGGUAAGAUAUUACGGAACUUUUAUACCGUUGCUUGAGCGCAUGGAUUUUAAUGUAUUGACGUCUCGUUCUACCAAAAGAUACACAAAAAGAAAGUUAUGAAUGAAGGGAAUAAUUGGGAUCUGAGAAGAUAACACUUAUCAGAAGUUUGCAGGAGUUUGGAUGUUUACCCAUAACCAUUUUAUUAAUGACCUCAAACGAUUCACCACACACCUUGCCAACUGCCUUCAACACUCUCGUCAAUACAGUAAAAAAUAAUAGGUAAUAUGCAUAUAUACAGUGAGAUCAUCCGCAUAUUUCACAAAAGUAUUUUCUGUGGAGGAUGGAAGAUCAUACAGAAAAAAAGAGAAGAGGUGAAAGAAAAGCUCCUCAUGGCAUACCUUCAUGAGACAGUAGGGGCGUUGAACACUUUCCUCCAAACGCAGAGUACUGUUCCCUUCCAGAGAGGUAGGAACAUAGUCAAUUGGUUAUCUAGCUGUCAGUGUUGCCGCUGAUUACCUUGUUGGGUAAAAUCUGUCUUGAGAUAAAAUCAAAAAGAGAAGCUGAACACUAUAUUGUGAUGCAGAACAGCAAUGUCAACUAAGGUGCUUCUUUUGCAUGUGUAAGCAAACUGAUACGGAUCAAUGUGCUCUUAUAUCGCAGGUUGAAGUGGAAGUAUCAAUAAUUUUUCCAUUGUUUUAAGGAAAGGUGAAGUUACUGCUAUGGGUCUAAAUUUCACAUUUUUAUCACCAGAUACUUUCUUAGGUAUAGGGAUUAUCUUUAUCUGUCUCCACAUUUUCGGUAUGAGAUUACUUGAGAAGGAUCUGUUAAAGAUACUCGUGAAUGGAUAACAUAGAGCGUCAGUAUGUUUUUUUAUAGAAGAGGUUUGGGAUACUAUCAGGUCCUAGACAUUGGGAUGAAUUCAGUAACUGGAGACAUCUUAGGACAUCAGUUUCAGUGAAACUAGGAACACAACUAUUCUUUAAACUUGUGGAUAUAGGGAGCAUUACAUCAGAUGACAAAGGACUUAUUUAACCCACAAACAUUCAGCCUGUCACCUGUAAGUUCUUUAAAGAGUUUCCACAUACUUGGAGAGUAUUUACAAGACAGAAGUUUUUGAUUAAACAUAGAGUUGAGACGUCUAAUCUCUAGGUUUAUUAGGCCAUUUACCUUACGAACUUCAAUAGAGUUUUCCUCCUUGUAGAUUCUUUCUUUCACCCUCCGUAGUCGUUUUAAUUGUGAAGAUUUAAGUCGAUCAAGACUUACAAAAAUGGUUUCAGUGAGACAACAAAUAUCAAAACAGAAUAUAAGGUAACAAGUGAUAACAUCAGUAGUGUUUCCCAGUGAGUCAUCUAUAAAUAAUUCCUAGUUAGUCGUACGAAGCAUGCUUUUUCAGAUUUCGAAUAUUUUCUUCUGAGUAAUUCAUAUAUUUGACUUUCUUGGUUUGAUGUAAGAGUGUACUCGUUCCAUGCUUUCCAUAUACUUUAGGUAGAACACGAAUUAUACAGUGGUCCGAGCCAGAAAAUGGAGUACGUUUACGAGUCACAUAUAUACCCACGUCAUUAACGAAAAAAAAGUCUAAAUGAGCAUUCAACCGUGUAGGAAAAUAUACUACAUUUUGUUGACCUAGUGAUGUAAGGAAGCGACAGUCACAUGAAUUGAAAUCAUCACAUACAACUGAAAGCGAAUCACUGACGGCAGUAACAACGAAUUCAGUGAUUUCAUCAGCGAAAAUGAAUAGCGCAGAUGAUGUGCAGUCUGGAGUCACGUAGACAUUCGUAACAUAAACAUAUUUGUAUUUAUUCAGAUGUUUUGGACGGCAUCUUAAUGUUAGACAGUCAAUAAAGUCAUUUGAAAACUUGAAACAAACAAAAGUAGAUCGACACCAGUUCACGUUUACAAACAUAGCUACGCUGCCGCCACACCUCUUUUUAUUGUUUGAUCGAUCCUGAUGAUAGAUUUUAAAAUUACAUAGUGAUACUAGGCAGUCGUCCUGUAAAUCAUUUAACCAAGAUUCUUGAAUUGUGAUGAACCACAAUUACGAUACACAUUUUGACUUAGCAGGAAUUGAAGAUAGUCCACCUUGUUAAUUAGUGAUCGGAAAUUAGAAUUUAGCAGCUCGGGAAUCGACAUACGAUUGAUGUUCAUAUUGCCAACCACCGCGAUGUCUUUUAUUAUAUUUUUUUGUAACUUGUGCAGCGAAAGGUCUUAGGCUUUUCAUAAACGUGCCUAUAUUGGUUAUGCGAUUAAUAGACAUAAUGCGACCCUAAAACAAAAUGACAGACAACUUGUUGAAAUAAUUAGAUGGUAGAAACAGGUAGCCCAGAUAUUCAAGCGGGCCGCCGUGUAGACCUAGGAACUUGAGUCAUCACAUUUGUGUCAGAUUCUACGUUAAUUACGUCUGACUAACUGAUAUAAUUAAAUCUGCAGAAUUAUAGGUUACAUAGCAUUAGACUGGUCAAUUUUUUAUUCUUUUUCUCAUGGUGUUAAUCAAUGCUGUUUUAUUUUGUUAUCGGUUUAUCGUCUGACAUUUUUUUUUUCGAAAAUAUUUUAAUAUUACUUUCUUGUCUUUCAUUAUCAUAUCAGAACAAUCUUAUGUGGUUCACUGGGUUCUUACUUAGCUGAAAAUGAUGGCUGGCGUACACCGUUUUUCUGGAUUGGAAUAUCAUUUUUUGCAUGGUCUUACAUUGUCUAUUUAAUUGUUACCCGUGAAACUAAGAGACCACAUAAAUUGCAUUUAAUUUUACCUAGAAUACUAACAAAUUCAUAUUUUAUUAACAAGAAUGUAACAAUAAGUCGGGAAUUGAAGUCAGAAAAUUGUAUUAAAAUAUUAGAUGUGGAAGAAAAAAUGACGCCGUCAGAAUCAACAUUUGUCUAUAUAGACUCAAAAAGUAUCGAUAAUGAUUCUGUAUCUAGUGUACCUUUACGACAUUUAAACUGGUCUCUUCUUUUCAGACACAAACCAUUUUGGGUUAUGCUUUUGGCUAAUUUUGUUCAUAAUAAUACAUUUUAUAUUAUCCUCAACUGGUGCCCUUCGUAUUUCCACGACAAUUAUCCCGAUGCAAGAAGUUGGGUUUUCAAUAUGGUCCCAUGGCUAAUUAUAUUCCCAUCUGUUUUAUUAGCUGGUUCCUUAGCUGAUCACUGGAUUAAAACUGGUAAUUGUAUUAUUUUUUCGUCAUAGAAUUCUCUUGAUAAAUUUGUCGACGAUUAUUGACCAAUGGUAGUUGCCAGUACCCGAAGUUGCUUAAUAUGUUGUUCAUUAGUUCAAAAGCAUCUUGAUUUAUUUUUCAUUUCCACUAGUAAAACUCUGUAACUAUGAGUCCUGUUUAAGCGCAAUAGGGGUUCAUUUUCGUUUUCCUAUUUCGGUGGUCAUAUCCUUACAAAGAUAGGGUCUUUCUUAUUUUCAUUUAAAUUUAAAAUCAGUUUAUUAGUUUCCCUACUUUAAGUGCAAAUGAUAUUCACUGUUCUCGCUUACAUAAAUCAUCAUUUUUCUUUAUAUUGUAGUCCUUCACACUUUUCUGGAUUGUAUAGGUUUUUGUGAAAUUGGAAUAAUGAAAUUAGUCCCAUUUUAUUUAUUAACAAAGACAAGUUCUAUGAUUCAUAUGUGUAAUAAUUUUAAAAAAACAAAACAGAUUCUUUGUAAGUUUUAUCUCUCUCAAAAGAUAUCAACAAAUAAAAACUAAAAAUAUGUCACACUAAAAUAAGCAUGUUUUUUUAUGAUUAUAAAACCUCAGUAAAAAUCAACACAAGUGCGCAUUGAUUGAAGUUGCCAUGUCACAAUAAAAUGACGAGGUGAAAUUACUAUGAUGAAUGUCAAAGAAAUCAAAACCGUAUAUCACACGGACCCCAACCAGGUAGGCUGUAUCUACAAACAUGGUUUAGACUAACAGUCAGAAACUUCAUGAAUUUUUAUUAUCUUUUGGGUUGGCUGCCCUUAGCUCUCUUACACCAUACUCGUAAACCAGUAAACAUCUGUUAAGAUAGGUGGUGAUUAGUCAUACUUAACUCAUGUUCUACUUCAGUCGAUAAAGAUUCACUACCUCACCAACCGGUCCGACACCUCUACACAAUUAUAAGAUUGUUUAGUCGGUUGUUCCACGAAAAUUAGGCAAUAUUUCAAAGACUUUCAGUAUCGAAUCCCUCAGUCUAAGCAUGUAUUCUACCUUCGUACAUCUUGUUUCACAGUCAUUUAGCUAUGAAAAGCGAACUUCAGCACAGCUUUUUUGUUGACAAACGGACACCACACCUACGUCACAAAUGAAACAAGCGGACUCUUCAGGACUAAUGAGACUUACAAGACAAGUACAGUGAUCGAUUCUUCAACUACUUCGCUCUACAUAAUCGGUUUAGACGUUGAUGCAGACCACUGCUUAAUCAAUAUUUUGUGCAAGGUUCGAAUAGUACAGUCCGAAUUGUAAAUUUAACAAAUAAGUAUCAAAUUUACUAUGAUUCAUUCUUAUUUAAACUUUCCAGAUAUCCAUUUAGUUAUAUUUCAAGGAUUAUUGUAUUACAAACCUUAUCAAUUUAUCUACACUUAGUUUAAAAUAUUUUUAGGUGUAUCUGUAACAAUAGUGAGGAAAAUAAUUACGACAGUUGUUCUUUUGGGUUCAUCUUUAUUUCUUAUCAUCUUAUCAUCUCUGGAUAAUUAUUAUGGGUCACUAAUUUGUAUGGCUUUUGCAUUAGCCUGUUUAGGCUUUCAUUGCAGUGGUGUACUGUUAAAUCCUCAAGAUAUGGCUCCCAAUCAUGGUGGUCAGUUGUACGGAAUUAUGGCUACCGUUGGUACAUUUCCAGGAUUUGUAGGUGUCUAUAUGGUUGGUUAUAUAUUAGAAGCUACAAACCAAUGGUCUGUGAUCUUUAUAACGACUGCUUUCGUUAGUAUUGUGGGUUGGGUUGGAUACGUGUUGUAUGGAUCAUCAGAAAUUCUCUUUUAAGUCAUAAUUUUCUUGAAAUAUCAAUAGUUAAGUUUCUUUAGAAUACAAACAAUAGUGAUCUUGAAUUGUUAUUUUUAUUCUUACAUCAUAUUUACAUAUCAAAUCUGUACAAAUGGACAAACUGAAAGUGAGGUGAUAACCUACGUAUCUUAGAUAUUUCCAAUAAUUUAUGUAUGUUACAUGUUUAUAUUGGUUUGGAUACGCUGUUUUUCGUCGAAUAGUUAGAGCAAAGAAGCGUUCAUGCAUUUUUUUUUGUGUAUGUUACUAUUUCUUUGUAAGACAUUCCUAAACAUCAUCGGGCGAAUUGUUUCAAUUUCAAUGAUCCGCAUAAAUUGAAAACUCUUACCUUUUUAAAAAAUAAAUGUUAAUAUGAACUUCGUGCCUAAUUUGUUCAUGUGAUACACUAUAUUUUUGUAAGUGAUUUGGUUUCGUUUUGCAUUAUAUUAUUGUCUAUGUUGACUAAUUUUAACUAUAAAGAUCAUUUGAAGUUAUUCGAGUUCCUUUUUUUUCGACAAUAGAAAACAAUAUCUUAUAUUGUUUUAUAGUUUGUUUAAUAAAGAUCAAAAUGAGAAUCUUUACAAUUGUAAAAUUUGAUGAAUAGUCUAAAGUCGUUGAUUCUUGUCAAUUCUCCUAUUAAAUUGUUAAGAUUUAUCUUUAAUAAAUUUGAUUUUUAGAUAAUCAUUUGUGUGGUGUUUGUUCAUUAAAUCUUAAUUGUUGUUUGAAACUUCAUAAUAUAGUUGAUGCAAAUAUUUAUAAUCUCUUUCUAUGGAUAAGGUAAUUUCCAUCACAAUUAGUAAUAAGUUUUGUAGUGACAACAGAACUCUAUGUAUAUUAGCGUUACCUAUUGAAUUUCCGUAAAUAAAUCUUUUUCUUUUAUCCUUUAACCAUUAUAUUUUUACAGUAGGUUGUUACUGUAUGUGCGACUUCAGUGGAUCGAUUUUCUAUUCGAUGAUAUUUUCUAAUAAGCUUCUGUCAUUGUAGUAGUUUGAAAAGUAUACUUUAAUAGAUUUCUACCGUGUAAAUGUAACACUAUAACCUUUUGAAUAGGUUUUAAGUACUCUCUAUUUUGUUUAUUUUAUCGCACAUUUUGAAUCCUUAUAUAAAUUUUAAGAUGUAACAAUCAAUUUCUGUCACAUCAUCUUUACCAUUGGUUAUACAUUUCAUAACACUGAUUGUUUGUUUGUUUGCUUGACCUAUCCUUUUAUGUUGAAUGUGAAGUGGAAGGUAAUUUGUUUUACUUAUUAUGACCACUUGAGUUGAGUGUGUAUUAAUUGGAUUGGAGCGUUCUUUGGAAGCACCUGUUCACUUUUUACAUACCUCGUAAAUGUUUUGUUAUCAUAUCUUUACAUUAUUUUCAGGCAUAGAUACCUAAUAUUACUAAAUGCAUGUAAGAUUACCCAGAAGUAAGGUGAAUUUUCGAUAUCCGUUAGCAAAUUUUCCAAAUACUGUUCAUUAUAAUUAUACAUCUAGACUGUGUUUCUUUAAUUUUGUUUUGGCAUAUUGAGUUUACUUUUAGUUAUCUAUACCAUUUAUGUAGUGGUGAACCUAACGUGUUUUGUAAUUUGAUCUUUAUAGUACCUAUUUUCCAUUUCGAAAUAUUUUAUCCGUCUAUUCUAUCCGUCUCCAACACUCGAUAUAAUCUCCAGAUGUUUUAUUCUUGGAAAACUAAGUAAUUUCACUACUUGUAACGAAACCUGCGUUUCUGAUUAAAUGGAUGAUAUGCUUUCACGAAUGACUUCUAGUUGUGUUCGUUGAACAUCUUAGUUAAUUCAGGUUAUCUUUUAAAAUCUGCUGUUCAAGGUCAAGAAUUUCAAUAGCAGGAAUAAGUGGCAUAGACAUAGCAUUACGUAUGAACACCAGAAACAAUGAAGACAGAUAGAAACCUUACAUUUUCGGGGUGAGUUAAAUAUCCAUCAAUGGGAAACGUUACAACAGAAUUAAAGAAAUAAAAUAUUAAUUAAGGUAGGAUUUCAACGUUUUAACUGAAUGGUUAUUUAUAUUACAAUAAAAAAUUGGAGUUCUUAUUUCAAGACAUCCACAUGAACUUAAAAGCGAAAUAGUGCUUUGCGGUUCUGAUGCGGGAACCAAGUAUUCUUUAAUGACAUCAUUAUGUAUGGAAUUACAUCAAACUGUGGAAUUACUGACAAUUUUGCUCACUAUAAUCAUGCUGCGUGUUACAGUCGUUUGUUUGCGUUUUCCUACAAACUGAACAUUCCCAAUUAUUGAUAAUUUAGAAGAUUAUAAAAAUUUACGCAAAUCCAUGAUGGAGUUUGCUUUUUGAGCUAUCCAUAUCUGGGUUCAUACGUUACUGGUCUGUACUCUUAUAUUCUGUUGCUGUCUGUUCUCCGACUGUAUUUUGGGACAGAGUAGACUGAUCACUUAGUUACAGUUACGUGGGUUGGAAAAUCAUUAUUGAUACCAAUUCAGUAUAACACAGCGUGAGCUAAGGAGUCACAUUAGUCGUACUCAUUCCAAGUGGAUUAGUGCUAUUGGUCAGGCGAAAUAAGUUUGCUUAUACGAACUGUAGUUCCAGAUUAACAUUGAUGAGACUGACUUGUCCUAUAUUGCUAGUUGAAUUGGCAAAUGAAUAUCAGCGACAAAUCGGAGUAACACACUCACAGAAGAGGUCGUAUUCUGUCAUUCGUGACCCGGUUGUGACAGCUUUUCAAUAUUCAGUGUGUCGCCAAAAAUGUUUUUGAUCAGUUUGCUGUCAAAAUUCUGCAGUGUGGUCUUAAUGACAAUUAUAUUUAAUAGGAGGAACGCAAACGACGUACUUAUGUAGGUGGAAGAAGAGAGCUGUUGUAUUUAGCAUUAUUAUGGCAGCUAUUUGACAAGCAUUCUGUACUGAGAGGUAUGCUGAUCCUAGUCAUCCGUAUAACUGAGCACAAGGUUGAUCAAGUACUGGAGAUGAGCUACGUCCAUAUCAAUCCAUCAUUCCAAAAUAUUAUAAGCGAAGCUAUCCAGGUGGUACACCACGGGAAUAAACUGCACAGAUAAGCCAUAGCUGAUAUAAUUUUUUGGUAAGGGAAGCCCUAACAAUAAUAGUCAUUUCCACUGGUUUCACAAAUUUCCAGAAACAGAACUGAAGUUAAUGUUAUACUUGAUUUUUUCAAAUCAUCCAAAGACGAUGAAAAUUUGUUUGGAUAUUCCAUAAGCAAAACAAUGAUAAUAUCUAGUCCUUUGAUAUAUAGCAUCAAAUAUAAGACUUAUUUGAAUGUGAAGUGCUUUUGUUAUUCAUAGGCACUUCAAACGUACUUCACUCGAACAUUAUAUAGAUACUGUUUUGCGUUUAACUUAAUGAAUCAGUACUUGUAUUUCGGUGGCAUGAAUAUGUGAAAUUUGGGCAUUCUUAUGACUUUAUUAUGUUACUUAAUUUGUAUAGUCAGGAAUAAAGUGAUCUUUCACCAAUAGAAGAACGAAGGGUUAGGGGAUAUAACCCGGUAUAGAAUGAGGUAAAUAGUGAAGACGCUUGAUGUAAUGCUCUAAUAUACUAAGACAAGAUUAGCAAACUUCGCUUCUAAAAGAAUGGCGUCUCUUCUGUAUGGACUCAUCCGGUCAUUCAUACUCAACUAAAACCAAUAUUAAAUAACGUGAUAUUAAUAAUCUGAAAAAAUUGGGCAUUGAAAAGUUUAGGGGAUAUGAAGAAAUGAAUCCAUUACUACAAAAAAGACAUAGAGCUUACUACUAAAUGGUUGGCGUUGUCUUCGAGUUUGACGUGACAUUACUGAUCUCUCACUAAUAACAGGAAAAACUCACUUUUCCACUAGCAUAUUCAUAUAUUAGGACGCUCACAAGAAUACAUACUGCAUGUUCAUCUUGUUCACCACAAGGGCGACUAGCGGAACUAGAGAUCUUAUGUCAGAGGUUAGUAAUAAGUCGACGUUCCCCGAUCUUAGAAACAGGACUAUAAAAAGCUCAACACGAAACCAGACAAUGAACCCCACAGGGGACAAUUCAACACGAAAACCAAAAGUGAAUUCACCGCCAAGUAAUCAGGAUCACACCCAGGUCCCUACUUCUAAUAAAAUAAACAAGCAAAGAACAA